UGAGGGCGGCGGUGGAGGCUGCAGUAGUCCAUCUCCCGCCCGUCGAAACACACACACUCACACACACACACACACACACACACACACACGGUGGCGGCGCCUCGUCGUGUCAGGUUCAGUCUGCAGGCGGACGCCCUCGUAGCCGCACGCCCGCCGCCGGUGCCGCGUCACGCCGCCAUGGGGACGCCGGUGCCCACCGAGACUAAGGAUAACAGUGCCACGGAGCGCGGCAACCCCGCGGGCGGCGCCCUCACCCCCCUACGCCCGGAGGUCAGGUGGUCCCCGCCCAUGUCAUCCCCGCCCAUGUCGUCCCCGCCCAUGUCGUCCCCCUCUCCUGGUCCUGCCGCGGCCUCCCCGCCCGCCCACCAGACGCCCACGCCCGCGCCAUCCCCGGGAACCUCUGACCCACAGUUCCUAAGCCGCCUGUCGCGGGUCCCUGCUGCGCUGCACCUGUUCCAGUCGCUGCCGCUGCUGCAGGCGGUGAACGGCUGCCACGGCGACACCAAGCCGCUGCCGCCGCCCUUGGGGAUGGACCCGCGGGUGGCGGGGCUGCUGCAGGGGUGCCAGCUGCCGUGGGCGGCGCUGGGCGCGAGCGAGCUGGCCCUGAACCGCCUGCUGCUGACCCCCGGGGGCCGCCUCAGCAGGCCCAAGAAGCGCUACAUCUGCAAGUACUGCCAGCGGGAGUUCACCAAGAGCUACAACCUGCUGAUCCACGAGCGGACGCACACGGACGAGCGGCCCUUCCCCUGCGACAUCUGCGGCAAGGCCUUCAGGAGGCAGGACCACCUCCGCGACCACAAGUACAUCCACAGCAAGGAGAAGCCCUUCAAGUGCGAGGCGUGCGGCAAGGGCUUCUGCCAGGCGCGCACGCUCGCCGUGCACAAGGCACAGCACGCCCACGACACCCUCCCCCCCACCCCUCCCGCGCCCCCCGCAGCCUCGCCGCCGCUUCCUGCUUGUGCGUCGCCCCUUAGAGCCCUUGACCUGCGGGGGCGCCUCUCUCCCUACCCCGCCCUGGCCAGGCUCAGCCGUGCCCUCGGCCCAAACCUGCAGCUGUUCCCGCUGCCCUCCCCCACCACGCCGCCGCCGCCCAGCGACGGCCCGGACCAGGAGGAGCCCGACGUAGUGUUCGUGAUGGCGGGGGACACGGCGGAGGCGGCGGAGGAGAAGGCGCUUGACCUGACGGUGUACAGCAGACGACGGUACCGGGAGGAGGCGGCUGCGGCGGCGGCGCGCCUCGUCGACCACAACAAAAACCAAAUAACGUUUCGCCAAGACCUCGAGGUGAAGGGCGACGGCGUGCGGUGAUGUGUGUGUGUGUGUGUGUAUGUAUGUGUGUGUGUGUGUGUGUGUGUGUGUGUGUGUGUGUGUGUGUGUGUGUGUGUGUGUGUACGCUCCUGGAGGGGUCUGGUCACGCCCACACGGGGCCUGUCUACUGCAGUGCCUGACCUUGCUUUGUGUGCUUUGUGGCACCGCGGCCUCUCGUCGGCCCGGCCUCGCCACCUCAGGGGCACAAACUUGCCUUUAGGUAAUCUUAUGUACCGCGCGUUUGGGACACAGAGGAAGAGAGAGAAAUAUGAUUUAUUUUGGAUAAAUAAAAGUCUAAAACUUUA